AUGGACAUGUCUUCACAUCCCCUUCUCGCUUCGCUGGACGAACCACCACCUUUCCCCCCUUCAUAUCCUCAGCUCAGGAGACUGGAUCGAUCAGUAGUCUGUCAAAUAUGCAAGGAACCUUUUCAAGCUCCUGUAUCAAUACAAUGUGGUCAUUCAUUCUGUUCAGCAUGUAUCCGAUCUUCUUUAGAUGCUAUGAAGAAGUGUCCAUCGUGUAAUGAGCCUGCUUCCGAAGGUCAUAUAAGGCGAAAUAGAGCUUUGGAGGAAAUUACAGAUUCAUGGGAAGAAUCAAGACCAGUGAUUCACGGUUUAGCGCACCCACCUACCUCCAAAAAGCGACCCGCACCAGAACCGAGCUCAAAACCAGCAUCGUCUACAGGAGUGAAAAGAAUGAAGCAAAGUCCUCGAGCAGAAGGAAGUUCAAGUCGAUCUCAGAGUCCAACAAAAUCACGCAAAUCAGAUAUAGUCGAAAGCGAUAUACCUAUCGAUCUGGACGAAGACGAAAAUGAUGAGGUUUUGGAACUGACUGAAAAUGACGAAGCGCCUUGUCCACUUUGUCAAGCUUCUUUACCAAUAUCUUCAAUACCCAUGCACAUCGAAAAAGGCUGCCCACCUCCGAAAGGUAAAACGAACGGAAUGAGAAAAGGCAAUCAAAAAGCAGAUUGGAAAAAGGUAUUUUCAGGUCAAGGUACAAGUAGCAAAGCUAAAGAAGUCGAGAUGAAGCGCAUCACUAAACCGAAUUACUCGCUGGCUACUCCAGCAGAUUUGCGAGGCUUAUUAUCGGAGUAUUCUCUAUCGACCACAGGGGACAAGUCAGCAUUGGUAGCUAGAGUACAAGAAUGGAUCAUCUUAUUCAACUCCAAUCUCGAUACGUCCCAUCCGUCCUCUUUGUCAGCUUUAAGAGCUAAAAUGUCCGACGUAGAAGCAAGUAAGAAACGAGAUAAGGAGAAAGGGAAAGAUGAAAUGAUCAACCAAAUGGCGAGUACCAGCGGCUUACGCAAGUACGCAAAGGAAAGCGGCGGCGAAUUCGAGAGACUGAAAAGGGAGAUCAUCGAAAGAGACAAACGAAGAAAGGAAGAGGAGGAAGGGAAGGGAAGUGGGAGGGAUAAUGCUAUCGAGGUGGAGUAG